UACAAGUAUGCUACAAGUUAUACAUCGUAGAAAAUUUAGUGCACUUGUGGAAAAUUUUGCUGUGCUGUGAUAGAGAAAUUUACCACACUAAUGACAAUGUUUAAAAGCAUCUAGUUCUCGUCUUAAUAAUGCCUUAAUGACAGAAAUGACACGAGCAUCAUAUCUACGUAAAUCUCUCCACGCAAAGCUUUAUAUUGAGCAGCUAUAAUUAGCCAAUCGAGCUCAGACAUACACACACACACACACACACACACACAUUUCGUGCAGUCUAAUACGAAAGACAGACUUUUUCAAGAUAGAGAGCCGAUAAGAAUAUAGACUCGAUCAUCAGUAGCGACGCCAGACGAAGACAGAAGGGAAGGAGAGGGAGGUGAAAAGAGACAGAGUUGCAAGUGUGUGUACAGGUCGUCGGAAAAAUCGACAGAGACGCGCGCAUAAGAAAUUGGUUUGUUUGCCCGGCGCUGUGUGUAUUUCCCUACUCUGCUAUCAUGAUUUAUACCGCAAAAGUGCGAUGUGUGUACCGAGGCUGCACUGGAAGCUGGUGUGUCUGAGUAGUGGAAGGUGCGACGGCAGCGAUAAUAAGCCCUCGGCGCCAGAAACAGGAAAUCGGCGGAGCAUUCCCGUCAAUAGAAAAUCAGCGUCUCUCCCAGGUGCCAGGUGUAGAACCCUGGUAUCGUCACAGGCAGUGUCUUACCGAGUUCGCAUUGACGCGAGUCGCUGAGAGUCUUGCCGCGCGCGCGCGAUUGUGCUCUCCCAAUGCGCACCUGUUACAACAGACAACACGCAGAGCUCUAAAUUUUUGUCUCGAUUGCCAGGCCACUUGGGGCCACAGAGGAAAAAGAAUAGCACAGAUAUUGUAACGAACUCGGCGUGCCUACUUCAGUAGGGGGAGACUCUCUCUCGGCUAUUAUGCCACUUCUCCGGCUUCUGUUCAGUUAGCUCGGGACGCCAGCUUGCGCGAAUAUACCGACAAGAAGAAAUCAUUUCCGCGACUUCGACGCGGAAAUUCCUCUCGGCCAUCCGUUGGUUUGGCCGACUUCGGUAGACCGGCAUAACGAGGAGCGGUUCUCUGCGGUUCGACCGAGCUGUAGGACAGGGUGUCGAGUGGACCGACGAAUAUGAGGAUAGCAACGAGGAGAAGAGAUUUGAAGUGACGCUGACUCACGGCUGAUUGAACCGAGGAGGGGACACUGGACCUGGUACAAUUGGUACCGGAAAGAUCGUGACUGAAAUGGUACUAAAGAAAAGUUUGAAGAAUGGUUUCAAAAUCGGUGAUAAGGCUUCGUCAACCGGCGAAGACAAGACUAAGCUUGAAUCCAGUACAAAAAGAAGCGAAAAAAUUAAGAAAAGACCCGAAGAAGAAAGCGAAGACGAAGAGGCUGCCACCGAGGUCAGCAGCGAAUAUGAGGCGCCCGAUGGAGGUUGGGGUUGGAUGGUUACCCUUGGACUAAUUCUUGUUUUCGUAACUACAAUAGGUCCAAAUGCUUCGUUUACUAUUGUUUUUGGUGACUUUCUUGAAGCGACUGAGCAGGCUGGCUCUGUUACCACGAUGCUGAAUUCGUUAUUUAACAUAAGUUACUCACUCGCGGGUUUAGUGACAAAUCCCCUAUUAAAGCAGUUCUCCAUGAGGUCUGUGGGCAUAAUCGGUGCCAUAUUAUUUGCGGUACCCAACGUUAUGAUAGCGUUCGUGCGUCAUGUUAUCGAAAUGGCUGUCCUUUUUUUUCUCGAAGGAAUCGGUCUGGGACUCAUAUUCACAAUAUGUAACACUAACUUUAAUGCCUACUUCGAUAAGAAGAGAUCGAUGGUGAUGGGUAUAUCGCAGGCCAUUGUCGGUCUAGGAGGUAUCAUUUACCCUAUCGGUAUCGAACUUAUGAUGGAGGAAUACGGAUUCAGAGGCACUGCAGCAAUCACGGGAGCUCUGAGUCUUCACUGCAUAACAGCGAUGGCUCUUAUGCGACCACCUUCAAGUUGGAGCAAAAAAUUCCAAAACAGAAAAUUAAAAACAAAACACGAAGAGGAACCGAUUGACGAAGCUAAGAAGCCACUCGUCCCCGUAAACUCUCUUCCAAAUCCUCGCGAAUUGGACAAUCUCAAAAAGUCCGAAAAAUGGAAUAGCUGUCGAAGCUUACAAGAAGAAGACCGAACUAACAACGCAACGCUGUCACCCGAAGUAAGAGUUGCUUCAGUGUCGAAUGUGGAAACCGGCAUAUGCCGCGAACGUAGCAAGUCAUUGUUGGUGACCGAAUGGACCGACUGGGCCAGGACGCGGAAGAAACCGGCCUUACUCGCUGGUUUCACAUCUUCAAGUUUGACAAAUCUUAGGGUACAACCAGGCACUGAAACACUUAGCAAUGUGGUGCUAAGACUACGUACGCCUGCAGUAGCGAUUGCGGAAGAAGAAAGAGAAGCUAGCGAUAUCGUCGUAGACGUCAUUAGUCAGAAAACGCCAAAAAUGUUUAGAAUUAGGAGCCGUAGGCUACUAGAUAGCCUAAUUGAUUUCUCUUUGCUCAAAAAUCGUCCUUUUGUGAACAUGUGCUUGGGUAUAAGUUUUGUUUUCACGAGCGAUUUUACCUUCGCCGCGUUUCUGCCCAUGAUGAUGACCAGUCGAGGCUAUACAAAAGCAGACGCAGCUUUGGCGAUAACAGUCUCCGCGAGUGCUGAGCUAGUGUCGCGAAUUUGCCUUGCGAUUUUUACAAUAUUCGUCGAUGCCAAACCGAAAAUGAUCUUUUUCGUUGCCAUGAUAGGCAUGACUCUUGCCAAACUAGGUUAUCUGUACUUCGAGGACACGCUGACGGGCACUAUAAUAAUGGUGGCGGUGAUCGGUGCGGUACGCUCGUGGCUGCUGGUGCCCCAGCCGCUUGUUGUCGUCGAGAACAUCAGUGUCGAUCAGUUUGCCGCCGCUUACGGGGUCUUUGCUAUCGUCAGCGGAGUUAUAUCGGUCAUCUUUGGUCCUUUUGCGGGACUGAUAAAAGACUGGACUGACAGUUUUGUCGUGUGCCAAAUCGUACUUUUAGCGAUGAACGCUUUAUUUAUUGUGCCAUGGACCAUGGAAAUAAUACUUGCUAAGAAGAAAACUGAAAAGUGAUUAGUGAAAAUGUGUUGUAGAAAGACUGGUGAACGAGAAAACAUGUUAUAAGUGAUAUUGUUAAUGUAGAUUAAUGAACUUAUUGACUUAUCAUUCACGAAUUUUAUUAGCUAAAUACUUAUUGUAUUUCAUAGCGUAAGUGUUAAUUGUUUAUACUGUAGCCGUAGGAUAUAAUUUAUUUUUUGAUGCAGUAGACGUAAGUUUGACUGGCAUAAAAUCAAAAUUUGUAAAAACUAUUCAUCGUUUUUAAUAAAAAAAAAAUGUUAGAAUCGCAAAAUUAAUGAUUAUUAUUCUUUGUCUUUAGACAUAUUUCUCGCGAAAAUAUUAAUAAUAACAUCACGCGAUCAUAAAAUAGCUUAUAUCAAUAACAAAAAGUCAAGAAUAACGUAAAUUACGUUUUAAAUAAAUAAUUUUAAAUGUUUCUCAUCAUUUUAUUUUUUUUCUUUACUUCCAAUUAGAUCGUGCAAGAAUGCAUGAAACUCGCAUUUAUAUUCUUUUGUAUAAAAAUGUAAGAAAUGAAUGUUUCUCAAAGGAAAAUUGAUCAGUAUUUAUUAAUCUGAAAUAAAUAUCUCGAAACACGUGUUACAUAGUAUACGAAAGUUUCGAAGCAUACUGGUAGAUAACUUACAAUGACUAAAUAAAUCAAUGUAAAGCCCAAAGGUGGCUUUUUAAUUUUUUUGUAGUUUUUCUCUUUAAAUAAUAAAUUACAAAGCAGUCCAUUUUUACAAAAA